AUGGACGCCUCUCAGCCAGUGAUUACCGCAUCAGCAGCUAAACUUCACCUAUCACCUACGUUGGAGAUCAAUGAACUUGUUCAUCGCGUCCGCGCGUCAGGAAAGAAGGUGAUUCACUUGGGCUUUGGCGAAGCGACAUUUCCAAUUCAGGAAGAAGUUUUACAAUGUCACCGCGAGGCAUGUAAUCUGACUUCUUAUUUGCCGGUAGCCGGGCUUGGAGAGCUCCGAGAGAGAAUAGCUGCAUACCAAUCAGGUCGUCUCAACAUUCCAAUUCAAGCCGAUCAAGUGGUUGUCGCUCCGGGAUCCAAGCCUCUUCUCUUUGCUCUCUUCGACAUCUUGGAAGGGGAUGUACUUCUUCCUCGCCCAUCAUGGGUCAGCUAUGAGCCCCAGGUUGCGCAUGCAGGAAAGCAGUUGUUUUGGAUUGAGACUGACGAGCACGAUCGUCAUACGUUGACGGAGAAGGCCCUCGACUCUGCCUACACAUCUGCGGUUGAUGCUGGCGCUCGCCCGCGUAUCAUGUUGAUCAACAGUCCCUCCAAUCCGACAGGACAGGUUUUCAGCAAGGAACAGAUCUCACUAAUUGUGAAAUUCUGUCGCGAGCGAUCAAUCACCUUAAUUAGUGAUGAAAUUUACUCCGAUAUCUGCUUCAAUGCUGAGGAUGUACAAAUCAGCGCCUUCGGAUCAGCAUUCGGCGAAGAUGGCACCGUGAUCAUGACGGGGGGUCUCUCAAAGACAUACUCUGCUGGUGGCUGGAGAGUUGGCUAUGCAAUCUUUCCGAGCUCCCCAGUUGGUAAGGCAAUCCGACGAACUACCCUUGCCUAUGCUUCAGAAUGCUGGUCUGCCGCAUCGGCGCCCUCACAAAUGGCAUCCAUCAAAGCAUUUUCGAGUAGCCGUGCUACGUCUGAACCCAUUGGGCCUGCCAUGGAUACGUAUCGUGAGGCAGUGAAUUGUCUGCACCGAAUGUGUACAACGCGACUCUACCAUGCUCUGAAGAACUGUGGGAUUGCAGUCGCUGAGCCCAAAGGAUCAUUCUACCUGUAUCCAUCUUUUCAGCCGUAUGCAUCGCAGCUGCAAAAAAUCGGUGUUCUUACCAGUCCCGACUUGUCGAAAUGGCUGAUUAAAGAGUGUGGCCUCGCAGCUUUGCCCGGGUCUGCAUUUGGUGAGAAGGAUGAGCGGCAAUGCGUAAGUGGGGGCAACCUCCGCCUGAGAAUGGCGACGAGCUAUCUCUAUUUCUCGUCCGAGGAGGAGAAAUAUAGUAAAGGUUAUGCUUUGUUGAAGUCGGCAGCAGCAGGAGAAGAGGUCUCUCUGCCACUGUUGGAGGAAGCGAUUGCGGCUAUCCAGGCAGCCAUCAAGAAGCUGAAGGCUCAGUAG